AUGAGAUACAGCUUCACAUUAUUUUGCUUGCUUGUGUCAGCGAUACUGUUCGAGCUGAUAGAAGCCCACCCUACGAAACCAAAACUUCCUGUGUGCAUUGUUGGCGCCGGUCCGGCGGGACUAACGGCGGCAAACAGACUCGAGAAGAAAGGAUUGAAGGCGGUACUAUUCGAAAAGCAGCCUGAAAUUGGUGGGAAAUGCCAGAGUUACUAUGACGAGAAGGGCAUUUUCCAUCCUCUUGGAGCCGCCUUCUACUCCAACGCUACCUAUCCCGAAACCCUGAAAGUUAUCAACGCGACUGGAGUUUUGUCGGAACCUUUUGCGCUUGCGGGGAGCAGAGAACAGUUCAGGUUCAAUGCCACGACGGGAGUAAUUGAACCUUUGCCUGGGCUAUCCAAUCCGUUCCUGUUGCAACUGUUUACGGAAAUACCGAGGUAUGCGGUGCUUUGGCAGAAGGUCUUUGCACCGCUUAGCGUGCCAAGCUUCAAGAAAGGCGUGCCUACGGAACUGACGGUACCCGGUGUCGAAUGGUUUCACAACAACAACUUUACUGCCCUCCCAAUUCUACUCGUCAAUCCGCUGGCACUCUAUGGCUACGGAGAUAUACGAGUCGUGCCAGCUUUGUACAUCCUCCAAUACAUAACCCCAGAUAUCUUGACUGCUUUUAUCGGCCAACAUAACGUGUACUACACUGAUUUCCACAAAGUCUGGCUCCAAUGGGCACAGAAAUCCAUCAAAAGCCCAGUCUACACUAACACAGAAGUCACCUGCAUUGAGCGAUCUGGUUCAAAUCCCGUAAUUCGAUACCACCAACAGUACGGCCAUUUCCGCAAAUGGGGCCACCAAGACUGCUCGUCCAUUAUCAUGGCCUUCCCACCGACCCUUCACAACCUAAAAAAGAGUGGACUAGACUACACGGAAGAUGAAGAAGAAGUCUUUGGCGCCGUCGGUGUCCACAAUUACUUCUCCUCAGCCGUGAACCUUAAACUCCCCUUCGGCGUAUCCUACAUCGCAAACUCAACCUCUCCAACCGUCCCACCUCCCAAUGAAGGUGAACCAGUCGCCGUCCUGCGGCUCUCUCCAAACUCCACCAUCUCGACGUCCUGGUCUUGGGGUCCGUAUCGGGAAUUCGAAUCGAAGAAAGCAGCACACGAUCUUCUCAAAACAACGCUGUCUAAAAUAAAUAAAGACCCAAGAGAUGUAUCCGCGAUGUCAGUGCCGCUGAACAAGGACGAUGUUCGGGUGUUUCGAAAGUGGGAUUACUUCCCGCAUUUUGAUUCCGAACAAUUGAAGUGCGGGUGGUAUGAGAAGCUGAAUAAGUUGCAGGGGUGUAAGAAAACGUAUUGGGCGAGUGGGUUGAAUGGGAUGGAGACGGUUGAGUGGGCGAUUAGAGCGGGAAUUGAUGUUGUGGAUUCCUACUUUUGAUGGCGCCUGUCAGACUCUACGAAGAAAAGGAUAGGCAGAAAGAAGAGAGCUGGGUUGGUAAAGUACGAUGGGCUGGGCUGGCCAUUUGUUUUUCUGCGAUUUUCUUUCUGCGUUUGCGAUACCCCCGUUGUAUGAGUAUGGAUGGAUGGGUAUUGUGAGUGUUCUAGCGUUUUUUCGGACAUCACG